CCUCUUAUUGUCAUCCUAGGCGCACUCGCAGUAACGUGUAACGUGCAGACCCAUAUUCCAGCUACAUCUUGUAUAUACGACUAAAUCUGCUAUCUGGGUUUGAUCCAUCAACUGUGCAGUCUUCUUGCUAUGGCCACUCCGGAUGAUCAAGACGCCAAUAACGAUGCUACAGUUGCGGCAGAAGGAAGCGUGGAGGAUGUCCAGGUAGCAUCGGAUGAAUCUAGCGCCCCAGAAGUUUGGAUUAAACUCAAAUUUACCUGGUCUGGGAAGUCAUUUGAUCUCAACAUUGCGGAUACAGACAGGGUGUAUGAUCUCAAGUCACUGCUAUUCAGCAUGACGAACGUCCCACCAGACCGACAGAAAAUUCUCGGCCUCGUGAAAGGUAAACUCCCACCUGAGGAAGAAACUAUAGCAAAUUUGAAGCUCAGCUCUGGCAAGAAGUUUUCACUGGUCGGGACUCCGAUGGGGGACGAGUUGAAAGACCCUUCGCAACUAGAAGAGCUUCCGGACGUAUUCAACGAUCUUGAUGUCGACUUCUCGGAAAACCCGCAAGCGUCACGGGCAUACAUUGCCGAUAGGCGAAACCAACGAAAGAUCAAAGAAGCCACACGUAUGCUGCGCGACAACCUAACCUUGAUGCACCCUUUACGAGAAGGGAAGAAGCUACUUGUUUUGGAUAUCGACUAUACCAUUUUGGAUACUAAACCCCUGAUUGAAGGAUCAUUGCCACCAAUAGAAUGUGCAAGACCAAAGUUGCACGAAUUCCUUGAGGCAGUAUAUCCUCAUUAUGAUAUUUGUAUAUGGUCGCAGACUAGCUGGAUGUGGCUAGAAGCGAAACUUCACGAACUUGGAAUGAUUGGAUCGGACAGGAACAACUACAAGAUAAACUUCGUUCUCGACAAGACGUCGAUGUUCAAGGUCUUCUCAGUACGCAACGGACAGCAAUUCCCUCACCAUGUAAAACCUCUCAAGAUCAUCUGGAACCUCUUCCCUCAAUAUAACGCGUCAAACACAAUUCACGUUGACGAUCUCGGUCGGAACUUCGCUCUGAACCCAGGCGAAGGCCUCAAGAUCAGCGCUUUCAAAGAUGCACACACUCCUCGUGCCUUGGAAGACCGCGAGCUCGAGAAGUUAGCACGGUACAUGGUACACAUCGCAUCUGUGCCGGACUUAACGACUGUCAACCACAAGGACUGGAAAAAAGUCGCCAGAGCACUACUCUCCACAUCACCCUAA